CAAGUCAGUCACACGCCCCGCCCCGAGGAGACGCGCUGACGUCAGCACGCCCGGGCAACAGCAGCAGCAGCCGCGGGCACCGGGAGCAGCAGCGGGAGGAUCCGGGUCACUCGCAGACCGACGCGGCGGCUGCAGCUCGGGACAUGGGGCUGUCGGGGAACGAUGACGUCACCGUCCCGGAGGAUGAUGUCACCUCUGCAGCCAAAUCCAAGGAGAUGAUCGCUGCCCCCGGUGAGCACCCGCUGCAGUUCCGCUACACCUUCUGGUAUUCCCGAAGAACGCCCUCCCGGCCCGCAAGCACCCACAACUAUGAGCAGAACAUCCGGCAGUUUGGUACAGUGGCCUCUGUGGAGCAGUUCUGGAGAGUGUACAGCCAUUUGGUGCGCCCAGGAGACCUCACAGGAUACAGUGACUUUCAUCUCUUCAAAGAUGGCAUUAAGCCCAUGUGGGAGGAUGAAGCCAAUAAGAAUGGUGGGAAAUGGAUUAUCCGCUUGCGGAAGGGUCUGGCAUCACGAUUCUGGGAAAACAUUAUCCUGGCUAUGGUCGGGGAACAGUUCAUGGUGGGAGAAGAGAUAUGUGGGGUGGUCGUUUCCAUCCGCUUCCAGGAAGACAUCCUUUCCAUCUGGAACAAGACCGCAAAUGAUCAGAUCAGUACUAUCCGCAUUCGGGACACCCUGAGGCGGGUGCUCAAUCUCCCUCCAAACACAAUCAUGGAGUACAAAACGCACAAUGACAGUCUAAAAGACAACUCGAGUUUCAGGAACACCAAACUGACCCUCUAGCUCUCCCUUUGUCUUCUCUGUGAACACUUGUAUCUGCGGACUCCGGGAAGUCCGGUACUUGCAGCUAGCUCGCCGCUGUAGGGUUAGAGAGAACUUUAAACACGACGUUCCUGUGUUACACUGCAGCUGGGACAUACUGGAAUCCUCCUUCCAGCUCCUAAACCUCUAAGACUGAACGUUCCUGGUCACUGCAAAGGACUCUGGGAAUUCCCGCACAGCAGAGCAUAGCUAUCAGCCGGGACCUUUGGAAAUAGUCACAGAGGCCGAAUAUGGAUAGCAUCGUUUCUGGGGGAUGUGAAAGAAUUAUAGCAAUAAAAUAUUUUUGUGCA